AUGGCCAUCGCAGAGGAUGCAGCGACAGUGCUCGAGCAGUUUGUACAUGAUGUUGCAAACUUGCCAGCUGAGAUUACCCACCUGUACGAAGAGGUACAGGCCAAGGACAACCAAAUCCAAGAGCUGCGCGCUGCGAUACACCAGCGCGAUAGCAGCAUUCAGAAAUUCAUCAAACUGAAUGGUAGCUUGGUGGAGAACCCAAAAGAGGCGGGUUAUUCUAAAGUCAUCACUGCUAGUUACGAAAAAGCGCAGAUACUGCAGGAGGAGAAGAUUGGGCUGGUCGAAAAGGCUGCGGCUCUUUUGGACCGCCACGUCAAACGUCUAGAUAUCAAGCUACGAGAUUUGCAAAAUGAUGGCUCGAUACCUACAGAUCCUCAAAUGCCCUCGUUGUUGAGAGACUCGCCUGGAAAUCUGGUCCCGCCAGCCUCAGUGACCAACACAGGGGCCAACACGCCAUUGCUACCUGUGUCGGGCAACCACGGAGGCGGUGCACCAAACCUCGCGCAAGCAGCCGCCAUUGCACGACUGAGCAGCGCGACUAACGUAGGGCUCACUUCAAGGACAAAUCCUUCGCUGCAGAACAUGCAGACGCAGGCGCUCUUGAACCAGCAACGGCUCACCAACGCUCAAAGUGCUAUGCAGGCCAGUGCCCGACAAGAGCGAGAAGUAUCAGUGGGCAGCGACACCAAGCGUCGCCGUCCGACAGGCAGUAUUGGUCCGCUGCCCUCCGCGGCGUCGAGUUUGGGCCGGCAAGGGUCAAUCGGGCCAGGUACCCCUAAACCAUCGACACCAGGUUCCCGGGCAGGCAGCGUUGGACCGAGACCACCGAAACAUGCACUCACAGUGAAGAAGGCAAAACCACAGCAACCGUUGCGCAAAGCCGCGCUCACAGCAAAGUCUGGUGUUAACAAGAAGCGUCGCAAGGGCGGGUCCCGAGCGUCGCCGUCUACGACUGCAGACGACGAGAGCGUAGCAAGUGAAGCAGGCACCGAAGACGAGGACAUGUCGGGCAUGGGAGGCGGGGAUGCAGAGGAAGACGAGUCGGACGACACCAAAUAUUGCACAUGUCAGCGGGUCAGCUUUGGCGACAUGGUGGCAUGCGACAACGACAACUGCAGAUAUCAAUGGUUUCACUGGGAGUGCGUGGGCAUCAAGGAGGAGCCGCUGGGGGACUGGCUGUGUCCCGAGUGUCGGAACCAAGCACCGACGAAGAUCAAGAGAGCACGUUGA